AUGGGAAACUCUUUGAGAUGCAUAUCGCAAGAGCAAGAUCCGAACCAGAAGAAACCCUCCGUCGUCAACGGAGGAGGAGAGAGUAGUAAUUCCGAGAAACACGUGCGGAGGUUGUCGCUGAUACCAUCUUUCCGGCGCCGGACUUUACUGCCGUCUCUAUCUUGCUCCGGAUCCUCCACGUCUUCAUCUUCCACGUCGAAGAAAGGAGGGAUCAAGACGAAGAAGAAGAUCAGAGAAAGACAUCACCAAGAACAUCACCAUGAUCGCGAGAAAGACUCUCUUAUCCAAGAACAAACUGUCGCCGCCACUAACAUCCUCUUUAGCCAGACGCCUCGUAACAGCAACUCUGCUCCUCCUUUCCGACGCUCCACCUCCGUCGUCUAUCCCUCUACUCAGCCGCCUCCCGCUUCCGCCGUCGCCGCUGUCACAGGUUCAGUUUCCGGCGUCCUGACUCCUAAGAAGUCUACUUGUGGAUUCGUUAGAAGCUCUAGCAAUAGGCAGAGAUCAAGCACUGAUCCUGUUCUCAAACCCAAUCAGCUUCUUGACAAGGCAAGCACUUUUAAUUGCCUACUUCCCCCUAACAUUGAGCUGAAGGUAGAAGGUGCGGAGACGAAGCGGUUCGUGCUGGUUCAUGGAGGAGGCUUUGGGGCAUGGUGUUGGUACAAAACCAUAACGCUCUUAGAGAAACAUGGCUUCCAAGUCGACGCCGUGGACUUGACCGGUUCUGGUGUUAGCUCCUUCGACACCAACAACAUCACCAGCCUCGCUCAGUACGUCAAACCACUCCUCCACUUCUUCGACACACUUAAACCCAACGAGAAGGUGAUAUUAGUGGGACAUGAUUUUGGAGGGGCUUGUAUGUCUUAUGCUAUGGAGAUGUUCCCUUCUAAGAUCUCUAAGGCUGUUUUCAUCUCUGCUGCUAUGUUGGCCAAUGCUCAAAGCACUCUUGAUCUCUUUAACCAACAGGCUGACUCAAAUUAUGAUCUGAUGGAACAAGUCCAUAUAUUCCUGUACGCAAACGGCAAAAAGAACCCUCCAACAGCCGUUGAUUUCGACAGAUCUUUGCUUAGGGACUUUUUCUUUAAUCAGAGCCCUCCAAAGGACGUUGCAUUGGCGUCGGUAUCCAUGAGACCAAUCCCGUUCGCGCCGGUUGUCGAAAAGCUUCACGUGUCGGAGAAGAACUACGGUUCAAUCCGACGGUUCUACAUCAAAACCAUGGAAGAUGAUUACGCUGUACCGGUUUCUCUCCAAGAAGCGAUGAUCAAAUCAAACCCUCCAGAACAAGUUUUCCAGCUCAAAGGCUCUGAUCACGCACCUUUCUUCUCUCGUCCUCAGUCACUGAACCGAAUACUCGUCGAGAUUUCUCAAAUACCUGCCAAGAAAAGUUCAUGA